CAGUUCUACAAUUUCAUUCAUUUCGCGUCAUUCAUUGUUGAAACUGUGUGGUGAUGGUACCAUAUGUCAUAUUCUCAGAAACUCCCACAAUUGUGAUGAAUAUUUUGCAAUGUCCUAGUGAAAAAGCUUGUGCUAAUGUGGUUUUUUUAUGAAUUAUUUUUGUGUUAAUGACCUUGUUUUGCAAAACCUGCUCAAGACAUAUCGAGUACGCCAAAGCCAGCCAAAUUAGAAGACUGAUUUUUGAAAACUACAAAAUUAUGUAGCGAUUUUUUUUAAUUAUUCUAUUACAUCUUAAAAUAGAAUAUACAUUCCAAAAUAUGUUUAUACAUUGAUUAAGAAGCUAUGCGCCAUCUUGUAUCCGGCAUUUUAUAGCGUUUGUAAACAAAAUGGCGGCGACCGCACCGAUUUCUGAGGGAAAGGAGACAUUUGAUGAGGCUGAAGAAAAGUUAUUAGAUAAGACCAGAGCUGUUAUAGUUGCCAAUGAAGAUGGACAGACUACAAUAAAGUCAUCGAAAAAAGUUAAGCUGCCAGAAGAUGAGAGUCCAGCGGUGGGCGCGGGUCGUUUUACCAUUGGACCAGCACCAGAGAGGGACUGGGAGAUGGUACCACCUGACGGCAAGUGGGGCUGGUUCGUUCUCGUAGGUGCGACUUUAGUUAACAUACUAAUACCAGGCACUAUAAAAUCAUUUGGUGUCCUACUGGUUGAGUUCAGAGAUGUAUUCCAAGCCAGUGAGUCAGCUUCAUCUGGGAUUGUUGCGCUUUGUUACUUCUUAUACAGCAGUUUAGGUCCAAUAUCGUCAAUUCUAUCUGUAAAAUGGUCUUAUCGUACGGUUACAUUGAUCGGGGGAUGCUUCGCGGCGUUUGGCAUGAUUUUUAGCAGUUUGGCGUUUUCAAUAGGAUAUUUAUAUUUUAGUUUCGGUGCAAUGGUGGGUGCGGGCGCGGGUCUCGCGUUUCCUCCAACCGUGUACAUAGUGACGUCCUACUUUGUACGUCUGCGAGGUCUCGCUAAUGGAAUAUGUAUGUCCGGCUCCGCAUUCGGCAGUAUCAUUCUACCACCAUUGUUAAGAUAUUUACUAGAAACAUAUGGAUAUAAGGGAGCUGUAUUAAUAUUAGGAGGGGUGAUGUUAAAUGUUUGGGCAGCAGCGUUAUUAUUCCAACCUGUUGAAGAGCACAUGGUUAGGAAGUACAAAGAACCUGAAGAAGAAGAUGAAGUUCCACAGCUUGAACCGUUCGCAGAAGAAGAUCCGAUUGAUUUAGAAGCGAGUCAUCCGCGACUUGUUUUGACGUCAGAAGAUAACACACCAACAGAUAAAUAUCCAAACGGUUCUCCUCCAAUCUUCAAGCAUAAAUCUAAUCUCGCAUUAGACGAUCGGUCACCAAAUAAAUUAGAUUUCGCAAGAUCAGCAAGCGCAGCUCAAGUUAUGAGAUUAACAGAUGAUAGAACAAGAAAGAUAUCAACAUCUUCAAGACAUGGUUUAUCACAAAUAUCUAGUAAAAUAUCAAAUUAUCUACCUAGCAAUCCAUCUUUAUUAGAAUCCGUACCAGAAGGUAAAUCGAGUCGUACCAAUUCACAUGAUACUUUUGGUAGAAAAUUAACAGUACCAAAAACACCUAAACGCAGUCCGUCAACAUCUAGUUUUCAGUAUAUGUCGACACCUUUCCAUGGUUCAACACUUUCAGCGUUUGAGAAACCGAGUGAAUUUGCUUCCCAAUUCAGUCUGAAGUCAGUCACCGAUAGUUUAAGACCAAUAACGUAUUGUUGCGGUUUUAGGAAGACUGACGAUAACGUCAAAAAGGAACCGAGUAAAUACUUUGACGUGCAACUACUAAAAGAUCCGAUAUAUCUUGUUAUUUUAAUAUCAAAUUGCACUUGUGCUAUUUCGUAUACGAAUUUUAUAAUCCUUGUUCCUUCUUAUGCUGUUGAAUGUGGUUUUGACAAAUCAUUAGGCGCGUAUUUAUUGUCAAUAAUAUCAGCGUUAGAUUUGGUUGGUAGAAUCGGCGGUUCCGCUAUAUCAGAUGUUGUAUCAACUCCUAAACGUUAUUUUUUUAUAACCGGUUUAUUGAUAUCCGGUAUCAGUUUAGCAAUGAUACCGUUGAUGAAGAGUUAUUUAGCUAUAAGCGUUUUUUGUUCGAUUUUCGGUAUCGCUUCUGGUAUAAAUGUAGGUGUUACAGCACUUGUUAUGACUGAAAUGCUCGGUACAGAAAGAUUGAUGUCAUCUUAUGGAAUUAGUUUAUUUGUUAAUGGAAUUUUGCAACUUAUCGGACCUCCUGUAUGUGGUGUAUGGUUUGAGUACACACAUUCAUAUAAAUCUUUAUUCGUAACAUUAGGAUUGAUUCUCUGUAGCGGUGCGGCUCUUUGGGGCUUUGUUCCAUUUAUUCAUAGUAGAAGAAAAAAAGCGGAAAGAAUGCAACAAAAUUUGGAGGAAAAAGCUUAAAAUAAGUGUUCUUGAAACUGAAAUAUCGUCAAUUUUACGUCUUGUAAUCUGAAAACGUUAUUAAAUGCCUUUUAAAUGUAAAAUUAUCAAUUUCCUAAGAAUAGGGUCCAUUGAAAUGUAAGGUUUAAUUUUUUAAAUACGGACAUUACAUUAUUUAGAUUAAUUUUUAUCAUUUUUAUUGUAUUAUCUGCUAAUAGCUUUAAUUUUAUUAAUCAAAAGUAGUUAUCUGUUUAUAGCUGCUUAUAGAAUUUUAAAUAAAAAUAACUGUUAUUUAAAACAGCUAUUUAACAUGCUAUUUAUUGCACAUCAUUAACAAAAAUUAUUUUGACAUUGAAUUAAUCUUUUUAAUCGAAUUUAUUACUUGUAGUUAUUUUAUUAUUUAAAUUGCAUUAGUUUUUCACUCACCAGUUACCCGAAUAUUUAGUAAAUUAUGUUUAAACGUAGUUACCGUUUUGUCUUAUGUUAAUUCAAUAAGUUAAUUUAAUUAUAUUUUACUUGAAGAACAAUCUGAAUGAAUGAAGAACAAGUGAAUUUAGCACAAUUAUUAUUAAACACAUAGAUAAAUAAUCUAUAGAUCAAGUGUUUCAUAUGUUUGAUUAAUUUAGUGUCAAAUUUCCAUAUCAAAGGAAAUUUAUACCAACAAAAAUUUUCCCGGCGUUUUUUCGCCUCACUUUUGUUCGAUGAUUAUGUAUCUAUAGGUUAUAAAUCUAUGAUUUUAGUUAUAUUUUUAAUGGCGAAUAACUUAAUAUGUAAUAAUUCGUAAGGCCUUUAUUUUAUAUUCGAGACAAAUCUGUAUAUCUAUAAAUGUAAGAAUGUAUUUUCAAUUG